AUGUUGAAAAGUCUGUUUAUUUUGGUAAUAUUUGGCGUAGGAUGUGUUCUAACAGCAGAUGAUAUUAGUGAAGAUCAAGAAAGUAAUGGAAAUUAUCCAUUAAUCAGAAUAGUAAGAGGACCAGAGGCAAUUGAUCUUGCUAAAAAUGCACAAUUACGUAGUGACGAUGAUGUAGAUACACCAAUUGAUUCUGAUGCUGAAGAAGAUUCAGAAAUACGUCCAAGUUCACGGCAAUAUCAAAAUAAUGAUAUAAUUGUUAAGCAAAUAUACGAUAAUUUUCCAGAUCUUGUUACAUUAGAACUAGAAAAUUUAUUAAAUAAUCCAAACGGUGAUUUAAAUGAAGAAGACUCAUUUAAAGAUUUCGAUGAUGAUUUUGGCUUAAACCAGUUUGAAGAAGACUUAGAUACUCCAAGGCUCGACAUAAACGAUGAUCCUCAAUUCGAUACUUUCCGUGAUGAUCAAGACGAUUUGAAUUUAAACAAUUUUGAUUUAAAUGACAACAAUAAUCUAGAUGAUUUUUCUGUUAAUAAUAAUUUUAAUUUUGAAAACUUUGGACGUAAUGCCCCUUCUGAAAGUUCUCAAGAAAAUGACGAAAAUCUGGAAGAAAAAAUUGAUGAUGAAGAUGAAAUUGAUGAUGACGAUGAUGAAGUUGACGACAAACAAGAAGUUGAAGAAUCCCGCCAAGCGAAUGGGCAGAAUAAUAAUAGAAGACGUAACAAUAAACGAAACCAACAACAAACACAACAACAACGUAAUAGAAGGCGUAAUGAAAAUAGACGACGCCGUCUUCGUCAACAAGAAGAACAGGACAAAAGAGAGCUUGAUAGAUUGGAAAAAGAAAUUCAGCGUGAUGAUGAAUUACUGGACGGAAACAUAAUUAUAAGAAAAGAGUCAGGUCCAAAUAGUUUUACAACAGUUUUAGAUAGCCCAGAUGAUGAUUCAGAAGAGAUGGAAGAUAAAGAAAAUAAAAGAGAUAGAUUGCCUAAUCGUAACCGCAACAGAGGUCAACCAAGUCGUAGAAGAAAUCAAAAUAGUAAUAGAAUACAAAUUCAAAGACAAAACCAACAACGUCGUCAAGUACAACAACGUCGUCGUAAUCAGCAACGUCGGAAACAAAAUCAACAACAACAACGUGACCGAAACCAACAAAAUCGUCGCAGAAGAUUUAGAUACAGGGCAAGAAGUGGUGAUGAUAAUGAUGAAUUUGACUAUGACGAAAAUUUAGAAGAAGAAAUGUUAUUAGACGACAAUAAAGAACACUCAAGGAGAAGGCGUGACGUUCAAAUGCCAGAGUUAUCCGAUAAAAACUUAAAUAAAGAAACAAUUAAAAUUGAAGGUGAAGAAAAGCCAAAAGAAAAAAGCGAAGGUCUCAGUCCUGAAGUACCUGAAAAGAAUGUAAGUGAAGAAAGUUUAAAAAAAGAUAUCGAAGAACAUCAAAAAUUAAGUGAUGAAGUUUUGAAAAAAGACACUGUAGAACAACCAGAAGUAAUUGAAAAGAAUUUAGAAGAACCAGCAAUAAAAAGUGAAAGCGAAGAAAUUCCGAGAGAAAAACGUCAAAUAGAAGCAAAAUCUGCGAAACUCAAUAAGAACAUAUGCCACGAUGGUAAGGUAUUAACUUAUACUGUUGGACCAUGUAAGGAAGGGUUUACACAAGUUCGAAUUUAUGAUUUAACUCGUGCUUUGGGCAAUAAACAAAAUGUACAAGAUUCAGAUGAAGAUUCUGAUUCAGAAAGUAAAGGAAAAACUGUUCAAUUAGUUAGAGUACCAGGUAAUAGACAACGUUUCCGUCCAAAUAAUAAUAAUAAUGCAGUUUUUGGUGGUAAUUUUCAUGACAAAGAUUUAGAUCCAGCUGAUGAACCAGAGGAACAAGUUUUGAAUGCAUCCGGACAUAUUGAAGGUACAUCACGUCAAGGCACUAAAUAUGUUAUCAGUCUUGAAAGGCCAGUACAAAGAAAAAAUUUAAGAAAUAAUAAUAACAAAAAUAAUCGCAUGAAAACAAAGCGUGCACGUUUAAAUCGCAGAAGACGCAAAAAUAAGCGUACUGAAGUUGUAAGGAAUCAACAAUUGAAGUCUAAGACUACAAAUAAUCGUAAACGUAAUAAUCAACAAUUGAAAAAUCAAAAUAGAAGAAAAAAUCAACAGAAUGCCCAAGUAAAUCAAAAUCAAAGAGCACAUGGUAAUCAAAAUAGAAGAACACAAGUAAAUCAAAAUCAAAGAGCACAAGUAAAUGGCGGAAGAAGAAGAAAUAAUAGACGUCAACCGCAGGUUGUUCGAGUACAUACCGCUAAUAAAAAUAUUCGUAUGGAACGUGAUGAAUUUUUAAAACAGAAACAACGACAGAAUCAACAACAAAAUCAAGAACAACAGAUGAACAAAAAUAAUAACAGAGUUUUAAGUGAUGCUCUUUCUGUCUGUCUAAUCCGUUUUUCUCUAUCUCGAUCUGCUGCUGAGAUACAGAGUGUCAGACAUUGGAAAAAAACAUCACAAUACAACAAACAUACAAAAAAUAGCAACACACAUACUGUUGAAGAAACAAAAGAAAUGGAAAGGCAUACACAUGAAAAAAACUUAGCAACAAAGGAUAAAGACGUAGAUCGAAGCAACAUAGAUCCAAAUCAUUGCAUCAUAUGCUAUGAUUUGCAAAAUGUUUUUGCCUUACCAAAAGGAUAUGCGUCUGCAUUUUUUUACAAAAGAAAGUUAAAUGUUUUUAAUUUAACUGGCACUGCGAUGAUUCCAAAUAAAGAAAAGUAA